ACUAACUAUUGCCCAGCGUCAACAGAAGUGAACUGGUUAAGGGGCGCUAGCGUGGGUCGUGGUUGCUAUUUACCACUGACGUGAACUUCCUCUGGCUUCCGCUUCCUUCACAACCACAACUCGGCACAAUCACCAAAACUCGCUGAUACGAGUACACACUUUGGAUCGUGGCUCACCUCCACUCAUUGUUCAGAGCUUCAAGCUGCCCACUUUGUCCGUCUUGCCUCCGGCCUUCUCAGAACGACCGUCUCGGUCUAUUUGGACCCAUAUCAUCAACAUCAUCACUCAGGACAACCUGAUAUCCUGUCUUGGCCUCUGACAAGAUGUUCAACCCAGCUCAGUACCCUCAUUUCCAGGGGGCGGAUGUCUUCAUUCUGGCACCAACCGGAGACACGUGGAACCUGCACUCCAGCAUGCUCUCUUCGGCAUCCACAAAAUUCUCCGAGCUCCUGGGCAUCAACCCUCCCGCGCACGUCACUCCGAAGCAACGCGAGGAUGGAAAAACCAUCAAGUGGCGCUUUCACAUGAGGCCCGAUCCGAGGGGCCGCUUCGUCGAGUUUGAAUUCAUGGCUCCCCCAGCGGCCAAACAGGCCAUUUUCAACUUCAACGCCGUCGAUACCCAAAUCGGAACAGACUACCUCCACAUCUACGAUAAUCUCUUUCGCUGCAUGUGCAACAUCGAUCCGAUCCUGUUUCCUGGUGACGAAGCACUGGUGAACGACUCCCUUCGUCUGCUCCAGGCUGCAGAACCUCUCAAGGCUGUCCCGUGCGUUCGCCGCGAUAUUGAGACGCACCUCCUCCGCACCGGCGCCUAUCUUUGGAAACGCGUUCUGAGAGACGUCGAAUACUGGGCUGAUAUCGGAGUCCGCCUUCGCUCGCCCGUCAUCUUCCGAGAGUCCAUGAUCAGAAUCGUGGGGCUGUGGAAGGUCCCGUCUGCGAUCAAUAAGCAGACUCUUGUGAAUACAGCCAACGGCCUUACUCUCUGCGAUAUUGCGGACAAGAAGGUUCAAGAGCAGACCGUUCGCAAGAUGGAGAUUGAAGAGCGCCUCCGAACUUUUUUCCCUCGGGCCAUGCUGCACCCUCCAAGCAACGACCCAGCUGCAGCGACACCAGGGCGUGCGUUUUAUGCCAACGAUGUCUACUAUUGGCAGGCUCUCACACUUGUCCGCCAAUAUAUUGUCAAGGAGACGAUGGCAGGUCAUGGCUAUGCUGCGGUCGAUGGCGGUUCCAAGUUCUACACCGAUAUUGGCACUGGUGGCGGAUCUUACUGCAAGGCUGCAGACCUGGAGGAUUGGCACAAGAAAUUUGAUAUGACGGCAAAGGGGAAGCAGCGUCUUCGAGACUCGUUGAAUACCGUCAAAGAAGAGCUGAGGGCCGUGGUUGCUGAGCUCAUGAUUUCGCGCUCAAAUAUCUCUCGUCUGCCCAACGAUUAUCCGUAUCUGACGUUCACGGAGUUCAAGGACGAGGAGCUUCCGUGGUACACGGCCCAAACCCUCGGCGUCCAGCACCGAGUUCCUGCGGGUCCGGCGACAAAGGCCGAGAAAGGCAACGAGAGGGCCCUCUUUGUGGCUCAAACCCCUUCCUCGCCGGUUCCAGGCGCUCCAAAAGGCUCUGUUCCGCGGAGCUCACCCUUGUCAAGCUCGCCAGUGUCCAAGGUAAAGAACGGCUCCGAGCUUUCUCAAGGUUCCGCAAAGAAGGCCAGGCUCAGUUGA